GUCGGCUCAUUGAUUAAAUCCAAACAAUCUGUUCAUCUCCAACUAUCGUUAACAUGAAGCUUCUGCUGGUUGUAUUGGUCAUUGUGAUGGCUCUUGUGGCGACUGAAGGUAGGUCUUAAUUUCUUCAUGUAUUUGAUGAAAAAUAAGUUCACUAUUUAACUUAAAGUUUAAACUUAUUCCGUACUUUUCAACUAAUGACUUGAUCACAGAGUACAUUUAGUACGAAAUUUUAAUGUGUCUAAAUUUCCUCUAGUAUUAUCUGUAUAAAAAUGUAAUUAGCCAUGAAACGAAUUAGUUCAGCACAUUAAAGAAAAGUAAAAUGACUCACAGCUAAAACAUGAAGCAACAUUAGAAGAAGACUUUUUGUCUGUCAUUGAAAACGCAUUAAAUAACAGAAACUCCUUUUAUGUCCUGCUCAUAUUUUAUAUAACCAUGUUUCCCCAAAGAGCCAUAAUAAGUUAACAAACCUCUAGCAAUGUAUAUUUGACAUUCAUAUUUCAUAAUCUUCUUUUCAGUCCCCCAUUCCAUUAGAGUGUAGUUAAAUAUUAAGUUUAUAGCUUUAGGCGUUGAGAUAGUUAGAAUUUUCAUUUAACACCAACAUAUUUUCGGAUAUCUGGCGCCCUAUCAUUAAAUUUGAACCACCACUUUUAUUUCAGGGGUUCAAACAAGAAAUAAAUAAAAGUGUAUAUAAAUAUAUACACUGUAUACAAGUAUAGUUGCCCCCCCCCCCCCUCCCCAUUUCAGGGGUUCAAACAAGAAAUAAAUAAAAGUGUAUAUAAAUAUAUACACUGUAUACAAGUAUAGUUGCCCCCCCCCCCGUCCCCAGAAUGGGGUACUCAAUCUCUUUUAAAACUGUUGUACUUAAAUAAUUAGCUAUUUUUUCAUGUACUCUCCCCUUCCACAAAAAACGCCUGUUUCACAAUUCAGACUGACAAUUACAGCUAUAUAUAUUUUUUAAUAUCCCAUCUCUUUGUAGCAGCUAAAAUGACGUAAUGCCAAUGCAGUUAAAAUUGAGAAUCAUUGCUCUAAACAUUAAAUUGUAUAACAUGACCUAUGACCCCCCAAAAAAAUGUUUUAUCAUGUUUUGAAAACUGAUACAAUCCAAAGUUUCGUGUGGGGAAGGUAAACAGUAAUCUCCCUUCGAUUGCUACAUAGUAGCGAAUGGAUAGCUGAUGAUAACACAUUUAAAAAUCUUGUUACACCUUAUUACAUAGAUGAUGAAGAGCUUUAUAUGUAUUUUGAAUUAUUAUGGCUGGAUGGAAUCUAGUCAACACAUCUGUCAACAUGGACACACCAAAUAGUGAACUAUUUCCACAUCUCCAAAUUAUCUGAAAUGGAAGUUUGGGAGUUCGACCGACAAUAUCAAGAACACAGUACCAUGGCAAUUGUUUGAAUGUCUUUCAGAUGAUCAAAAAAAUGUAUAAACACAAGGAAGGGUUCAGCAGCGUGUAAACGUGCCCCUUAACUCACACAAAUAAAAAAAAACAACAAAUAAAUUAAAGAUGGAAACUGAUUUCAACGUUCUCUAGUAGACAUUUUUUAAAAUUUUAACUCCUUCCCCCAGCCUUCUAAAAAAAACAAUCUAUAUAUAAAUAAUAUAGAUAUUUGUUUUGUUAAUCUGUCUAUGCGGACAUAAAGAGUUGAUAAAGUUAUUGAUAAAAUCAAAUCCUCGUACUCCAUUUGUGAGAUUUGACCUAUCUGAUAUCAUUUUUUUUAAAUUCCAAAUAAUGAAGCUGUGAAGGUGAUAUUGGACAAAUUAAAUAAACUUCUGUUGACGCAGUAUGCGGUGUUCGUUCAUAAAUGAACAUAAGUGACCCAGAAUCCCAUAUUAUAUGAGUAAUGUGGACAGCGGGUCCUUCACAUGGGAUACAGAAAGUUCGAUUAAGAUGACUCGUGAAGUCUUGGAAAUGGAAAAUAAAUGACAUUUUUAAACGCUUCAAGUAAAUAAUACACUCUGUGGGGGCUCGUCGGAGUCUUCGCGUGUUAUUCGGGGUGUCAUGAUGAGAACAUAUUAGACUAGCAGGUGUAAAAAAAAAAAACGGAUAAUUAAAGUACAAAAACUAUUUUACUGAAACUGUGAUUCUCUGAACCAAAUAGAAAGUGUGUUUUUGUGUAAUGGAUGGCAGACCAGAUUCAUCCUGUCUUUCAACACGGCAGAAUGCCUUCUUCGUUUCAUUGCAGCUAAGACAUAAAAGAUAGGAAAUAUAUCUUACAAAAUAAGAAACGAAUUUUGUGACAACUAACUUAUCUCAUUGGCCCCGGGAGCUUGACGCGAUGACCGGUCUGAAACACAAGAAAAUGGAUUUGUAUUGGUCGGUUUAAAUGUCCAAGAUUUGUUUGGAUCAGUUUAAGGGUCCAAGGUUUGUUUGGGUCAGUGUCAGUGUCCAAGAUUUGUAUUUGUCGGUUUCAAUGUCCAAGAUUUGUUUGGAUCAGUUUAAGGGUCCAAGGUUUGUUUGGGUCAGUUUCAGUGUCCAAGAUUUGUAUUUGUUGGUUUCAAUGUCCAAGAUUUGUUUGGAUCAGUUUAAGGGUCCAAGGUUUGUUUGGGUCAGUUUCAGUGUCCAAGAUUUGUAUUGGUCGGUUUCAAUGUCCAAGAUUUGUUUGGAUCAGUUUAAGGGUCCAAGGUUUGUUUGGGUCAGUUUCAGUGUACAAGAUUUGUAUUGGUCGGGUUCAAUGUACAAGCAAGUUAUUAUUAGAUGAGGCCAAAUCAUUGUUAUACUAAAUAUGUACAUUCUCUUUUUGGGGCCCAACUGACGCUCUUUUGUGGUACGCACAUUAAAUGCAGGCGUGCCGCAAUCUGCUGGGCGUCCUCACACAUUACAGGUGUGCCGCAUCUGCUGGGCAUCUCCAUGAAUUAGACUUUCCACGUGGAUUUCUGUAGUGUUCCCAACCCCACCACUCAUUAGUGUCAAUAUAUAUAACUCCAUGUAGGUCUGUCUCUAAACUCCUGUAAACAAGCCAUAUACUUCUUAACAAGUCCAUCCAUACAAAAAAUCCACAAGCCGGCUGAGAUGCCACACCGAGAACCCGUCACAGACAGAAAUGGUGCAUGUGACUGUGGUGGUCAGUGUAUUAAACUGAUAAUCGUGUCAAACUGGUCCCUGUGUCGAAUAACUGACCAGUCUCUUAAUUCCCGCCUCUUGGUCUGACGUCCUUGUGAGCAGUUGGCACACCGCAUGACUCCGAUAAGUUGCAAUGGUAAUUAUGAUCCUAUGUUUAAUGCAGUGACGGUACAUUAAUAUUAUAGAACCGUUAACAGAUUGAGUCGUUAUUCUCCCUAAUUAUCCAAAAUGAUCUUUGACCUUAUUUUGUGAUCAGUGUUUCUCAAAGUAAAUUUUUAGCAUCCAGUGGUUAGCGUCGUGGAGAAGGAUAAAAAACAAAAGGGGUUAAGCAAUGCAUUACAAAACAGAGAAUGUCUUUGUUGAACAUGGACAUUAUUUAGCUGUUAUUUUACACUGCAAAGGAUUAUUGAGACCAUCUUCAAUGCAGUUGUAGAUGCAAUUGUAUUUCAUUAUCGUUAAAGACUUCCUUAUCUUUUAAUCUGCUGGAAGGACUCGUGAGCCAGUUAAAUAUAAAUUGUAAUGCUUUCAUAGUUAACAAACGAGACCAGACACUAUCUUCCCGUGUGGAGAGACGAGAGAGACACGCUGCGGUCAAGUUCUUCACAAUGAAAGUCAUUCUGUUUGCAUGUGUCCUGGUACUAGCCUGCGUCAUCGCCUGUGAAGGUUUGUUGACUGGAUACCUCAUGUUUGUUUGUUUCAUUUCAUUAUACAAAUGCACACCUCUCGUGUGUGCAACUGUACCCUUUGUCCCAUUCGUGAUCAAUGCCCCGACUGCACAUCUUAACAGUACACUACUGCACACCUUACUACUAGUUUACUAGCUCAGCUGCUCACCUCUUUGUUUACCAUCUCUAGGUAUCAGCUUCAUUUGGUGCUUCUCCUGCGCGACUGACGACAUACUUUGUAAUGCCAACUGUAUCGGAUUACCCAAUAAUGCAUUCUUGAAGAAAGCAAUCUGCCCCUGCACGUUCUUUGACCCUCAGUGCCUGAAAGACUGCACCCUGUGGGAAUAACGCAGACACCAUUGCUGAGGUAAUAUGAAAUUAUCUGCUACGAGUGUGGGCAAUUUACGGCCCGCAUAAUCACACAUGCAAACAUAUAAUGCGACCCGAGAAAAUUUAAUAGAAGCAAUAAAGUUGGCAUUUAGCUAGCAGUGUUUCAGUUUAGCAAUAAUGGAUCAAGAUGGCGGUUGACAAUUUGGUUAUUCAUGUACAAGGUUUAUAGAACGCUGCAAGCUUUUUUGAAUGAUUUAUUUUGUUCCCAUCCAAUCCUGCUCUCAUUGCAUAUGUAUACAGUGUCUAUAAUUCCAUUGUCUAUGUUUGAUGUGUCUAUGUUUGAUGUGUCUAUGUUUGAUGUGUCUAUGUUUGAUGUGUCUAUGUUUCCAGUGUCUAUAUUUCCAGUGACUAUGUUUCCGGUGUCUAUGUUUCCAGUGUCUAUGUUUCCAGUGUCUAUGUUUCCAGUGUCUAUGUUUCCAGUGUCCAUGUUUCCAUUGUCUAUGUUUCCAGUGUCUAUGUUUCCAGUGUCUAUGUUUACAGUGUCUAUGUUUCCAGUGUCUAUGUUUCCAGUGUCUAUGUUUACAGUGUCUAUGUUUCCAGUGUCUAUGUUUCCAGUGUCUAUGUUUCCAGUGUCUAUGUUUACAGUGUCUAUGUUUACAGUAUCUAUCUUUGUCCACGUUUAUAGCGUCUGUUUCUUGUGUCUUUUGUUUCCAGUGUGUUUGUUCCCAUUACCUAUGUUUACACUAUCUAUGUUGCCCCUGUCCAUGUGUCUCCUCUGUCUGUGCAUUUUGUGGAAAACGCCAAGAGUUACGUGGAGAUAAAAAAAACCAAGAGCUCUCAUGGCGAGACUAACAUAACAUAUAGAGUAGCGUUUAGUCUGGUGUUGGUUAACGAUUUUUAGGAUUUCUAGAUUACAAAUAAACAAAUUGUAUGUGGGUAAAGAAUAUAUCACUUAAACGCUAAAUGAGAUGGGUAAUAACCAUAAUUAACUAAAUAUUUGGUUUCUUAUUUUCUUAUAACAAUUUUUUUUUUCAGAAUGAUGACAGAAAUUCUGUGUGCUUCUUAGUGACGACAAAAUUGUCGCUUGUUGUCUAUUAAAAAAUAAUAAAAGUCACUGACCUUUGGUCUACAUCUUGUGUACAGGUAUUGUUAGAAACGUGUGUGUAAUUAAUUAUAGAGCAACAUUUUGUGUUGACGUGUAUGAUGUUUGGUCAUACGACAUAAUAUCAUGCCAUAGCUAUCAUAUCAUGACAAAUAUAUCAUAUCAAAUCUACUAUAUCACAACUAUCCUAUCACAUGUAUCCUAUCACAGUUAUCAUAUCACAAUCAUAUCACAUACGUCAUAUCACUGCUAUGUCAGUAUAGUUGCCAUACGCUCAUAUUGCAUAUAUCAGAUCACUGCUAUGUAAGUAUAAUUGACAUUUGCUCAUAUCACAUAUAUCAUAUCACUGCUAUGUAAGUAUAGUUGCCAUACGCUCAUAUCACAUAUAUCAUAUCACUGCUAUGUAAGUAUAGUUGCCAUAUGC